AUGAUUGCACGUCUUAUUGGCUUUACGGCAUUAACUAUUGUUACAAUUCUUGGUAAUAUAAUUAUUAUAAUUGCUAUAUGUGUUGAACCACGACUAAAAAGUGUUAGCAAUUAUUUAAUAAUUAAUUUAGCUGUAGCAGAUUUUUUUGUUGGAACAACUGUUAUACCAUUUAUAUCACUUUGGGAAGUAUAUGGUGAAUGGCAAUUUGGUGUACGUUUAUGUAAUAUAUGGUUAUGUUGUACAUUAUUAUUCUGUACGGUUUCCUUUUUAACGAUGUCUGCUAUUGCAUUAGAUCGUUAUUUAUAUUUAAUUGAAUCGAAAAUGGAUAGAAAACGACGUACAGUACGACGGGCUUUUUCAUUAAUUAUAUUAACAUGGUUAAUACCAGCUAUGGUUUGGUUACCAGGUGUUUUUGUACAUAGUUAUUUAACUGGAUAUUCACCACUUGUUCUACCGGAAAAAGGAUGUUAUUUACAAGCUCGUGCUGUUUAUGUUUUAGUAGCAACAAUAUUACUUUUCUUUUUACCAAUGAUUGGUAUGAUUGUUUUAUAUAUAAAAAUUUUUCGUGUUUUACAUGGUCAAAUGAGUAAAUUAUUAGUUUGGUUAACUGAAGUUAAACUUAAUAAUGGACGACGUACAUCACAAACAACUGUGUUUGAUCCAUUAACAGGUACCUGUAAUGAUACAGGAGGCGGCGGAGGAGGAGGAGGAGGAGGACGUGGACCCACAUCCAUUGCAAGUAGUACAUCAAAUUUUCAUCAACAAUCAAUUCGUUGUCCAGCACUUGGAAAUAUAAAUAAUGGUAAUUAUAUUCAUCAACAUCAUCUUCAUCAUACACGUAAAACAAAUAACUAUUCAAAUAUUCGUACAGUCAAAAGUCUUCCACCAGUCGACACAAAUAAAUAUCGUUUAACACCAUCACCAACAUUAUCACCACCAUCACAACAACGACAACAACAACAACAAGCAACUGUACCGACAAAUCCAACUGUAUCAUUAGACACAAAACAAAAAUUUCGUCGUGCUGUUCAUGCGAUUGUAUGGGUUGGACGUACACGAGAUAUUGCCGGAACAAAUAAAGGUUCAUUUAAAGAAUAUCGUGAAAGUUCUCAAGCACGUACAAAUAAAAAACUUUUCUAUACAUCUGACUGGUCAGCAUCAACAGCCACAAGUAAUAAUCCAUUACGUCGUACACGUAAUUUAACAUAUAAACGUGCUAUAUCGACAACGGAUUCAUUAUUACAAAGACAAAUGAGUCUUGCACGUCGACAACAACAACAAAAAAUGCGUUUAGCUAAGCAACGUCGUGUAGCACGUACACUUGGAGUUCUUAUAUUUGUUUUUCUUGUUUCGUGGUUACCAUUUACUAUUCUUUGGCCUGUACAACGUUUUUUUGGUAUUAAAUAUGUUUCAAAUAGUUUAUUAAGAAAAACUUUAUGGUUAACAUAUGCAAAUACAUUUAUUAAUCCAUUUCUUUAUUUUUUUUCAAAUAAUGAUUUUCGCUAUGCAUUAAGACGUAUAUUAAAAUGUUGUUUUAGACAAAACACUAGUAGUACAAAUAUACAAAUAAAAUAA